GACCCCCUGGCAUCACAUUAAACAUGGCGGAUGUAAACUAUUCGGUUGCCAUAGACGUGUAGGCGGUCACUUCUUUCCAAAUCUCACCUUAUUUAGGGCUUCCGAGAACGAUCGUCCAACUUAUUAUGGCUCUUAAGGUCUCACGGGAAAUAUUAAUAGUUCUGCCCUGAACCGUGACUGAAUCCAAGAUGGCGGAUCCAAAAGGAGCCUACAUUAUCCAGAGUGACAACCUCGGUGCUCCAGACAAUAACAGCUUUAGGGGAAAGAGGGGGAACAGACAUGUCGCCAUGUCGCCUAUUCUGGAGAGGCACGUUCCAGAACACCCCCUGCCUGAUGAGCUACAGCUGAUGGAGAGAGAUGACACCAUCUGUAAGUUCUGUGGAGUCAGCUACUUGAUCCACCAUGAGAUCAAGAGACUUGAGGAUCAGGUGAAGUAUUUGGAAGAGGAACUAGAGCAGCACACAGACUGUGAGGAGCGGGAUGAGAGACAUCGUAAUGAGUACAGUAAACUCCAGGAGAUUGCCGAGGACAUGCAGCACAGACUGGGGGCAAAGGAGGCCAGCAUUGCGUCCCUGACACAAGACCUACAACAGAAGGAUGCAGAACUGGACAGACUGAGGGAACAGUGUAGACAGAACGAGGAAAAGGCAGCUGAACAGGUGUCACUGGUAGAGAAACUCAGGAAUGAGAAUGGAGAGCUCCACACAAGGUUACCUACUCUCCUGUCAUCUGUACGGAACCAGAGAGCAUGUCUACAAAACAUACAGACAUUUGUGCACCAGAGGGACAAAGUUGUACAAGACUCGACAACACAGAUCACCAAACUUCUCACGAAUAUGGGCGUCGUAGAGAUGCAAGAAAUGGAGAAGCUGAAGAAACAGAUUGAAGAGCUGACCCAACAGAAGUCCUCUGAGUCAGCUGAGUUGUCCAGACUAACUCAGGAGCUCCAGAAGGCUCAGGGGGAGGUUGGCAGGCUACAGGGAGCAGAACAACUCAACGAGGACCUCAAGCAGAAGUUUGGUGAACUGCAGAGGGAACAUGAAGCCAUGAAGACACAACAAGACAAUAUAGAAGAGAAAACAAGAACUAUCACUUCAGAACUGGCUCAGUACAAGGAGUUGGUCAGAAGUAAGACACAAGAGGUGGAAAAUCUCAACACACAGCUGAAAAAGAGGGACCAGAUUGCAGAUGAGAAUGUUGCAAGACUGCAGAGAGAGCUGAAGCAGUGUGAGGUGUACAUCUCCCAGCUGACUCAGGACUGCCAGGGGCUGAGGAAUCAGCUUCAGGACCAGAACAACAUGGAGGAGGAGUUCAAACGGAAGGCUUCCAUGUCGCUCGGGGAGGCACAGGAGAUCAAGUCUGCACUCAUGAAGGCACAGGAGGAGCUGAAAAUGCUCAAGGAUGAAAGGGAGUUAAUGGUUGUGUCCCACCAGAACAGGAUUGACCAGCUCAGGGACAGCUUCAGGAAAAAACUGCAGGAGGCAGAGCAGUGGCCUGGCAAGAUGGAGGAUAUCCUGAGACAGGAGAGAGAAAACUGCACCAGGCAGCUGGAGGACUUGGAGUUCAGGCUGAAGGAGUCAUACAGAAUGGAUGUUGAGAUAGAGAGACAGAAACACCAGGAGAUGAUAGACAGAUACAUCAAGGAGAAGGAUGACCUUCACGACAAGCUGAAAACCCAGGCCAGCAGGCUGACCAGUGAACAGCGGGCCUCCAUUACUAACUUGGAGAGACAGCUUAACGAGGUCAGAGGUCAGGCAGACAGACAGGAAGCAGCUCUCAAACAGGAAGUGAGCAGCCUGAAGCGGCUGACCUCUGACCUGCAGACCCGGCUCAGUAAGGCUGAGGGAGAGAAUGAUGAACAACUGGCAGGAAUGAAGGAAUUAAUGAGGCAAAAGGAGGAAGAGUUAGCAGCACUGAGGGAAGAGAAUAAGGAACUGGAAGAGAAGAACACUCAAACAACAGAAGAGAUUGCCUUUCUACAAGAGACGGUAAGGCGAGAGUGUGAGGAGAGGUUUGAGCUGACAGAAGCGCUGAGCGAGGCACGCGAGCAACUUCUCACCUUCCAGCGUCCACCCGCCGGCUUCUCUUCCAACGCUGUCCCUCGCCCGCCCUCCGGACAGAAGAGUCGCUCAGAGAACUCCCUACGCAGCAGUACCAACAGUUUCUCUUCGACCGGUAGUGCUGGGAGCGGGAAGGGAGGGGUCAGGUCAUCAUCUAGUAACGUCAGUGUGAGUUUUGAAGGAGCUAAACCAACAGGGGACAGAGGAAAAGGAAGCAGCAUGAACGCCAGCAGAAAAAGAAUCGCUGCAGCCAUGGGGAGAAGAUAGCCGGUGUGAAGUAUCAAUAGCAACAAGACAUCCUCAAUGCUGUGGUUGAAUGUGUCAUCAUCUUAUUACACUCCUACUAUAAUUCUCAACAAAGCAAAACUGAGAAAUUGAGAAUUUGUUAGUCUUUCAAAUCCACAUUUACAAUGCCUGUUCCAUAAAACUUUCAUCAGAUAGUCUGUGGGGUAAAGCAAUGAGGUUAAGUUUAAAAAAAACACACCUUAGUUGAUGUUGUGCAUCGAUGUGCAGAACUUUGACGUAGUCCAACUUGUUAUGUCUAGGUGUACAAACUUACACCAUAAAGGUAGAGUCUAUUAUAUUACCUUUGUUUAUUGUGUUUUUUAACAGGACACAAGAGUUUUGUUAAUCUUUGGUAGGAUUACAGCCAGAAUUCUGUGGUCAGAAUAUAGCUAUCAGGGAUACCAGUACACCUGCAGUCAGUGUUAUGUACAAAACUUUUUUUUUGCUAAUAAUGGAUUUGUUUCUUGUCAGGAAAUCUGUUUUGACCAAAAAUAAUAGUCUGAUUAAAAGAAGUGCCUUUCUAGUCUUGUAAAAUUAGCUGCAAGUAUAUGAGAUGUGGUGCUCUCUGACAAUUAUACACCAUAGUGCCUUACACAGUGUUGUCAAUUAAAGAUUUUAUAUUCUAGCAAGCACAACUAUUUUUUGCAACGAUGUACAUAUUGUUUGUAAAUACCUGUGUAUUGUCUUCUGAUGAUGUCUAUAGCUGUAGAGGUGUCAUUAAAAUGUCAGAAUCUCACCACAGAAACUUUGUUUCUCAAGAUGUCCUCUUUGCUGAAGGUGCUCUUUGCUGUUACAUUAGCUUUUCUGCAGUAUGGU